CACUCCUCCAGUAUUGUCAAACCCCAGACACAGACACAGAAAGCGGGUAAAUACUUCCUCAAACACGGCGCGCCGCUCAUUCUGCUCUCAAUUUACACAGCGACAGUGAGAAUAAGAGACGAAUUACUGAAACCCUCUCGGACUUUGAAGUUGGCAGAGUGAUAUCUCAACCAUGGCUCCGUUCCUGCGGAUUGCCUUCAGUGAUUUUCAACUGGGAGAGCUUCCCCCUAUGACAGAGCAACCAUUCUGUGCCAUCAAGAUGAAGGAAUCCCUCAGCACAGAGCGGGGGAAGACACUGGUCCAGAGGAAGCCUACUAUGUACCCUGCGUGGAAAUCCACAUUUGACGCACACAUCUAUGAAGGCCGUGUCAUACAGGUGGUCCUGAUGAAAACGGCAGAGGAGGCUUUGUCGGAGGCAACGGUUGGGGUCUCUGUCAUUGCUGAGCGCUGCAAAAAAGGAAAUGGCUGUGCUGAGUUUUGGGUCGACCUGCAGCCUUCUGGGAAGGUGAUGAUGUCCGUCCAAUUCUUUGUAGAGGGUUCAGACCUAGAAUCAAAGUCCUCAGUGACUGGGAAAGAGGACGACGGCGUUCUCACAAUAAACAGGAGGAGAGGAGCCAUCAAACAGGCCAAAGUUCACUUUAUCAAGAACCACGAGUUCACAGCCACCUUCUUCAAACAGCCCACCUUCUGCUCGGUCUGCAGGGAGUUUGUUUGGGGUCUCAACAAGCAGGGCUACAAAUGUAGGCAAUGCAAUGCCGCCAUUCACAAGAAGUGCAUUGAUAAGAUCAUUGGGAGAUGCACGGGAACAGCAACCAACAGUCGAGAUACAGUGUUUCAGAAGGAGCGCUUUAAGAUUGACAUGCCACAUCGCUUCAAGACCCAUAACUACAUGAGCCCGACCUUCUGUGAUCACUGUGGGAGUCUGCUGUGGGGAAUGGUCAGACAAGGCCUCAAAUGUGAAGAAUGUAGUAUGAACGUUCAUCAUAAAUGCCAGACCAAGGUUGCCAACCUCUGCGGAAUCAACCAGAAGCUCCUGGCUGAGGCUUUGACUCAAGUUAGCCUGAAAUCUUCCACAAAGCGUCCAGAUCCCACUCUGUCAGAUAUUGGAAUCUAUCAAGCCAUAGAUAAAAAUGUGCCAGUGGACCCUAGUGCGGAGGGCUCUCAGUAUGGAAAACUGUGGGAUGAUAUGACCCCUGCCCCUCCCAGCACCACAUCCCGUGUCUCUAUGAACAACUUUGUGUUCCACAAGGUACUAGGCAAAGGCAGCUUUGGAAAGGUGAUGCUCGCUGAGCUCAAAGGAAGGGGAGAAUAUUUUGCUGUAAAGGCCCUGAAGAAGGAUGUGGUUCUUAUGGAUGAUGAUGUGGAGUGCACAAUGGUGGAAAAAAGAGUGUUAGCAUUAGCCUGGGAAAACCCUUUCCUCACACACCUCUACUGCACCUUUCAGUCGAAGGAGCACUUAUUCUUUGUGAUGGAGUAUCUGAAUGGAGGAGAUCUGAUGUUCCACAUUCAGGAUAAAGGCCGUUUUGAUUUGUACAGAGCCACGUUUUAUUCUGCUGAAAUCAUCUGUGGACUACAGUACCUCCAUUCUAAAGGAGUAGUAUACAGAGAUUUAAAGUUGGACAAUGUGAUGCUGGACAAGGAUGGACAUAUUAAGAUUGCAGACUUUGGGAUGUGCAAAGAGAACAUGCUUGGAGAAAACAGAGCAACCACAUUCUGUGGCACACCAGAUUAUAUUGCUCCUGAGAUCCUGCUGGGACAGAAAUACAGUUUCUCUGUGGACUGGUGGUCGUUCGGCGUGCUGCUCUACGAGAUGCUGAUUGGCCAGUCGCCGUUCCAGGGCGAUGAUGAGGACGAGCUGUUCGAGUCAAUCCGCAUGGAUGUACCUCACUACCCACGGUGGAUUACCAAAGAGACCAAAGACCUGCUGGAGAAAUUAUUUGAGCGGGAUCCAACUCGACGGCUUGGUGUUGUGGGAAAUAUCCGUGGACAUGCCUUCUUCAAGACAAUCAAUUGGCCUGCUCUGGAGAAACGAGAAGUGUCUCCCCCAUUCAAGCCAAAAGUGAAAUCCCCCAAUGACUGUAGCAAUUUUGACCGGGAGUUCCUCAGUGAGAAGCCCCGUCUCUCUCAAAGUGACAAGAACCUGAUAGACUCCAUGGACCAGUCUGCCUUUGCUGGCUUCUCUUUCAUUAACCCCAAAAUGGAGACGAUUAUGGAAAAAUAAGACAUUCCGACCAGGAUCCUGCCCAACUCAAAUCAAAACGGCGUAUAGGAGCCAGGAGUUCAACCAGUGUUACACUUGUUAUACUUUCUGGAUGGUCCAAAUAGAUAAUGCUGUAUUUAUGUCUUCUUUAAUCAAAUGAUCAAAACUUUAUUUGAUGAUGUACUAUAUUUGUUCUUGUAAUAUCUCUAAUAUAUGUUCAUGUGAUUAAAUAAUGCCCUUACUAUCAUACGUCCAAACAGACAGACAAAAAGGAAUUCUAGAAACCCAAAAGAAAGGGACUGUAUAUUUUAGUCUGUAUAAUAUGCUGGGACUUUGCAAUUUGAUUGAAUAGUGGCCUUUUUAACACUCUUGAAUCCUCCUUGUUUUCCCUCAAAAAAAACAUUUUAUUGAUAAAAAGAAUGUCUUGCUAAGGUUUGUUUGUGGGAUGAUUUGGUGGUUAUUUUUGUAUCUUACCCUUUCUUGUUGAUCUGAAACAAGUUCUACAGUGUAAGUUGUAAUUAAGAUGCUGAUUUUGCCAGCCUGAGCUGAGCGUGCACAGAAUAGUGUUUUUUUUUU